GGCCCCGAGCUGAGGACGGAGAGCCCGGAGGACAAAUCCCCCCGGCAGAGCCUGGUGGGAGAGGCCGUUUUGAAGGGCUCCACCGUGCAGGAAGGCAGCGGGGAGGAAAAGGCCCAGAGAUCCCCCCGCAGGAGGGGCUCCAAAGCCAGCCCAGGGUGCUCUGAGGAGGAAAGACCCAGCCUGUGCCAGGAAGGCGGCCGGAGCUUGAGGGGGAGCUCUGAGCUGGUGAUCCCUGAGCAGCCUCCCAGCAGGGAGAAGCCCUUCAGGUGCUUGGAAUGUGGGAAGAGCUUCAGGACAAGCACCAAACUGCUCCAACACCAGCUUAUCCACACUGGGGAACGUCCCUACACGUGUGGGGAAUGUGGGAAGAGCUUCAGGCAGAGCUCCAACCUCUGCAUCCACCGUCGCAUCCACACUGGGGAACGUCCCUACAUGUGUGGGGAAUGUGGCAAGAGCUUCAACCAAAGCUCCAGCCUGAUCCGGCACAAGCACAUCCACACUGGGAAACGGCCCUAUUUGUGUGGAGAAUGUGGGAAAAGCUUCAGCCAGAGUACCCACCUGAUCCGACACCAGCACAUCCACACCGGAGAACAGCUCGCGAAGGAGAAGCCCUUUCAGUGCUUGGAAUGUGGGAAGAGCUUCAGUGACAGCUCCACCCUCCGCACCCACCAGCGCAUCCACACUGGGGAACGGCACUACAAGUGCUUGGAAUGUGGGAAGAAGUUUAAGACCAGCUCGAAUCUCCUGCUGCACCAGCGGACACACACGGACGAGAGGCCCUUCUGCUGCUCCAACUGUGGGAAGGGCUUCAACCGGAACUCCAACCUCGUCACCCACCGGCGCAUCCACACCGGGGAGAGGCCCUACAAGUGUGGGGAGUGUGGGAAGAAUUUCACCCGCAGCUCUUACUUGACCAAACACCAACAGACCCACUGGUAAGGAAAGCCCUACCAGUGUCCCGACUGCGGGAAGAGCUUUGGCUGCUGCUUCCACCCCAAAUGAAGCCCCUGAUGGUGAGGCAACCCCUGG